CCAUCAAUCUCAACAUGUGCGGCAUCUUUGGCUACCUCAACUACCUCGUCGAGCGCGACCGUCGCUUCAUCCUUGACACCCUCUCCAAUGGUUUAGCCCGUCUCGAGUACCGUGGUUACGACUCUGCUGGUCUCGCUGUUGAUGGCGACAAGGAGGACGAGAUCUACGUCUACAAGCAGGUCGGCAAGGUUGCUGCCUUGAAGAAGUUGAUUAACGAGCAGAGCUGCGACUUCACCAACACCUUCAUCAGCCACUGUGGCAUGGCACACACCCGUUGGGCUACCCACGGUCAGCCCUCCCAGCUCAACUCUCACCCCCACCGUUCUGACGCCAAGAACGAGUUCGUGAUUGUCCACAACGGUAUCAUCACCAACUACAAGGAGAUCAAGACCCUCCUUGAGAAGAAGGGCUUCACUUUUGAGAGCGACACUGAUACUGAGUGUGUCGCCAAGCUCACCAAGUACAUCUGGGAUAGCCAGAAGUCUACUACCAACCUUACCUUCACUGACCUCGUCAAGCUGGUCGCCAAGGAAUUGGAAGGUUCUUUUGCUUUCAUCUUCAAGAGCAUCCACUUCCCCAACGAGGUUGUUGCCACCCGUCGUGGUUCUCCCUUGUUGGUCGGUGUCAAGACCGCCAAGAAGCUCAAGGUUGAUUUUGUUGAUGUUGAGUUUGGUACCUCUGAGGUUCCCGAGGCUCUCCCCAUCCAGGAGACCAACCAUUUCUUGGCCGCUGAUGGUGGUCAUCCCCAGUUGCGUCGCAGCCAGUCCAGAGCUUUCUUGAGCGAGGACGGUCUCCCCCAGCCUAUCGAGUAUUUCUUGGCUUCUGAUGCUGCUGCCAUUGUCGAGCACACCAAGCGCGUCUUGUACCUUGAGGAUGAUGAUGUUGCCCACAUCACUGAUGGUGAGCUCCACAUUCACCGUCUCCGUCGUGGUGCUGAGGGUGGUGCUACCUCCAGAUCUAUCCAAACUCUUGAGAUUGAGUUGGCUGAGAUCAUGAAGGGUUCCUUCGACCACUUCAUGCAGAAGGAGAUUUACGAGCAGCCCGAGUCUGUCGUCAACACCAUGCGUGGUCGCGUCAACUUUGAGAACCACAAGGUUACCCUUGGUGGUCUUCGUGGCUUCCUUCCCAUCAUGCGUCGCGCCAGACGUAUCGUAUUCAUUGCCUGCGGUACCUCUUACCACAGUUGUUUGGCUACUCGUGGCACAUUCGAGGAGUUGACCGAGAUUCCUACCCAGAUGGACCUGGCCUCUGACUUCCUUGAUAGACGCACUCCUAUCUUCCGUGAUGAUGUCUGCAUCUUCGUCUCCCAAUCCGGUGAGACUGCCGAUACUAUCCUUGCCAUGCGUUACUGUUUGGAACGUGGUGCCCUGACUGUUGGUGUCACAAACACUGUCGGUUCUUCCAUCUCGCGCGAGACCCACUGUGGUGUCCACAUCAAUGCCGGUCCUGAAAUCGGUGUUGCUUCCACCAAGGCCUACACUUCCCAGUACAUUGCUCUCGUCAUGAUGGCCAUCCAGCUCUCAGACGACCGCACCUCCAUGACCUCCCGUCGUGAGGAGAUCAUCGAGGGCCUCUUCCGUCUUCCCGGUCAAAUUAAGGAGGUUCUUGCCUCUGACAGCAGCCUCCAGCAGUUGGCUGCUCAGACCUUGUCCAGAGAAAAGAGCUUGUUGAUCAUGGGUCGUGGUUACCAGAACGCUACCUGUCUUGAGGGUGCCUUGAAGAUCAAGGAAAUCUCUUACAUGCACAGUGAGGGUAUCUUGGCUGGUGAGCUUAAGCACGGUCCUCUUGCCCUUGUCGAUGAGAACAUGCCCGUUAUCCUCAUCAUGACCAAGGAUUCCCUUUACCCCAAGGUCCAGAGCGCUCUUCAACAGGUCACUGCCCGCAAGGGUCAGCCCAUCAUUAUUUGCAACAGCGGUGAUACCAAUCUCAUCAACGACUACAAGACUAUCCAGGUCCCCCAGACUGCCGAUUGUCUCCAGGGUCUUGUUAACAUCAUUCCCCUCCAGCUGUUGUCUUACCACCUUGCUGUCCUCCAGGGUGUUGACGUUGAUUUCCCCCGUAACUUGGCCAAGUCUGUUACCGUCGAGUAAAGGAAAAAACCUCCACUUAAUCAUAAAAAUUAACUCGACAAUCCCAUCAAAAACCUCCUACUUCAUUUCUUUUCACAAUCCAAAACCUCCACUUUUAUCACUCCUCCUUGUUUGUAUCUUCAUCCCAUCUCUAUGCAUCUUUUCCUCUUAAAUUUCAAAAAAAUCAUUAAAGAUAUUUUCCACAAUGAAACGAAACAAAACGCGUUAUUUAUAAAGAACAAUGUUUAUCAAU